AUGGAAAAAACAAAGCAAAGCGAAACAAGAACCCUUUACAGGUGGGGCGAAAGGCCAGAACAGUGCGGCCCCCAGGCUGCGUGGAAAACAACCCCGGAUCGGAACACAGUUGGGUCCCCAAGGCGCCUCUCGAGCCUGCCUGCCUGCGCACGUGAGAAAGCGACCGGCCACCGGGCUGUUCAGUCCCCGCCCGCCACUUCUUUGCAACCCCGCUGGCUCUGCCUCCACGCCUCGCCCCCAACACGGAAGUCCCAGAGGAACCGAAGGAACGAAAGGAGGCGUCUCGGUCGUCGCUUUGACGUCCUUUCCCUUCGGGCUUCAACCGCAAGGAGAAAGGAGCCCUUCCCCUGGUUUAGAAAGAUGGCAGCGCAGGCAGCCGCCAACAACAACAACUCGGCGGCGGCGGCGGCUGCGGCGGCCAGAGCGAGCGAGGGAGGGAGAGCGAGAGCCGCCUGGAACCCGCAGCAGCAGCAGCAGCAGCAGCGCCUCAGCCCCCCGCGCCCGCCCGGCGCCACCUCCAGCCCCCGCGGCAGAAAGGAAGCAAUUGCCGGCGGGACUCCGACUUCGGGCUCGCGGGCGGCUUCUCGGGCGGGAGGGCUGGCGGCGGCCGCCUCCUCGGAUGUGAGCAUGGCCGCCGUCGCGCCGGCUCCUCUCGUGCCCCCCAGCCCGCUGCCCGCGCCCCCGCCGCCGCCGCCCGCCGUCUCCACCUCGGCCGCCGCCACCGGCACCACCGCCACCGCCACCAGCAGCCCCUCGCCGCCCGCCCCCGCCGCCCCCUCCUCGGGCAGCAGCGGCGGCGGCUUGUUCCGGCCCGAGCCCUGCGUGUCCACGGGGGCGGCGGCGGCGGCGGCCGGGGCCCCUUCGGGCGCCGAGAGCGGCUGCGGCGCGCUGGGGAGCGGCGGCUCGGGCGGAGGCGCGGCCGUCCCGGCGGUGGCCCCGGGCAAGCCGGUGUACUCGACGCCGUCGCCGGUGGAGAACACGCCGCAGAACAACGAGUGCAAGAUGGUGGAGCUGCGGGGCGCGCAGGUGGCGUCGUUCACGGUGGAGGGCUGCGAGCUGAUCUGCCUGCCGCAGGCCUUCGACCUCUUCCUCAAGCACCUCGUGGGCGGCCUGCACACCGUCUACACCAAGCUCAAGCGCCUCGAGAUCACGCCCGUCGUCUGCAACGUCGAGCAGGUGCGCAUCCUCCGCGGCCUCGGCGCCAUCCAGCCCGGCGUCAACCGCUGCAAGCUCAUCUCGCGCAAGGACUUCGAGACCCUCUACAACGACUGCACCAACGCCAGCUCCAGACCCGGGCGGCCUCCUAAGCGGACUCAAAGCGUUACCUCCCCAGAGAAUUCUCACAUCAUGCCGCAUUCGGUCCCUGGUCUCAUGUCUCCGGGAAUCAUCCCACCAACAGGUCUCACAGCUGCUGCAGCCGCAGCCGCAGCUGCCACCAAUGCUGCCAUUGCAGAAGCAAUGAAGGUGAAAAAAAUCAAAUUAGAAGCGAUGUCAAACUAUCACGCCAGUAAUAAUCAGCACGGAGCAGAGUCCGAGAAUGGAGACCUGAAUUCUAGUGUGGGCCUGGAGCUCCCUUUUAUGAUGAUGCCCCACCCGCUCAUCCCUGUCAGCCUGCCCCCUGCAUCCGUCACCAUGGCAAUGAGUCAAAUGAACCACCUUAGCACCAUUGCAAACAUGGCCGCCGCAGCACAAGUACAGAGUCCUCCCUCAAGAGUUGAGACGUCUGUUAUUAAGGAACGAGUUCCGGACAGCCCUUCUCCCGCUCCUUCCCUUGAAGAGGGCCGAAGGCCUGGAAGCCAUCCGUCCUCUCAUCGUAGCAGCAGCGUCUCCAGCUCCCCAGCCCGAACUGAAAGCUCCUCAGACAGAAUCCCUGUCCAUCAAAAUGGACUAUCCAUGAACCAGAUGUUGAUGGGUUUAUCGCCGAAUGUUCUCCCUGGUCCAAAAGAAGGUGAUUUGGCUGGCCAUGAGGGUGGUCACGAUUUGAAAAGAAUGCACAUGGAAAAAGAUGAGACCCCGCUCUCCACACCAACCGCAAGAGACAGCCUUGACAAACUUUCGCUAACUGGCCACGGGCAGCCACUACCUCCAGGUUUUCCAUCUCCUUUUCUAUUUCCUGAUGGAUUGUCUUCUAUAGAAACCCUUCUGACGAACAUUCAGGGCCUUCUAAAGGUUGCCAUAGACAAUGCCAGAGCUCAAGAGAAGCAGGUCCAGCUGGAAAAGACAGAGCUCAAGAUGGAGCUGUUCAGGGAACGGGAACUGAGGGAAACACUCGAAAAACAGCUGGCGGUGGAGCAGAAGAAUAGAGCAAUAAUUCAGAAAAGGUUAAAGAAGGAAAAGAAAGCCAAGAGGAAAUUGCAGGAAGCGCUUGAAUUUGAGACCAAGCGGCGAGAGCAAGCAGAGCAGACAUUGAAACAGGCGGCUUCCACAGAUAAUCUCAGGGUCCUAAAUGACUCUCUGACCCCAGAGAUAGAAGCUGACCGCAGCGGGGGCAGAACAGAUGCUGAAAGGACAAUACAAGAAGUUACCGGAAUGCAGUGCUUUAGCAAUUCAGGUUCAAUGAUUAUGGAAGACUUUAUUUGAAAACUACUGUCAUGUACUGAACUCUGACU